UAUCCAUUCUUGUUGAUGCUCUUCCUCAGCUCAGGAGGAUGAGAUUACAAGUCUAUGUUUGGGAACGCUAUACGCACGUGCUCUACUCUGGGGCAAUCGCUCCUCUUUGCUUGUUACGCAACUUAGAGCACCUAGAUCUUUCAAUCAACGAAAAGGUUCCCGAGGGUCUUGGCCCCGCUGGCCUCGAGAUCAUGUUCCCUUGUUUGCGGAAACUGAAAUUGACAAGCAAUACCAAUUUUGCUGUUGGUUUCUUGAUAGCGAUACAGUCGACAAUGCUCCACACACUUGACUUGGCUAUAGAGCAGCGCAACCCAUCAACUGGGAAUCAGCAUGAGCAUUUGGACCGUCCGAGUCAUCGACUCUUUUCUUCCUUGCGAUGUCUAACGAUCGCAAGUGAUUUCUAUCUCAUGGUGUCACUCAUAAAAGCUAUUCAUACGAGUGUGCUGGAUAGCAUUUCCUUGACUAUCGCUCUUGCACGCGGGAAAAAGAUGGCGCAAACGCUUACCUCCCUGAUCUCGUCGAAGAGAGGAUGGGACUCGUCCCUGAGGACCAUUAUCAUGGACCGAAAAAACCCCCGUCGAUUUCCCAUUGAUGGGCCCCUUUGUCCCACUCACCCAUACUUCCUUUCCAUAGAAGACCUGCUCGUCUUCUCCCACUUGCAAUACAUUAUACUGCAUGACUUCGCAAUGUCACUGGACAAUACUCUAUGCAAGAAACUUGCGACCGGGUGGCCAAACCUGGUGGAAUUUUAUUGCAUGCCUGCUCUCAUAUCGAUUGAUGUGCCUGGCAGUCUGACCAUAAUCAUACCGGCUCUUCAGCCACCUCCUGUCGCGGCUACUGUAGAUCUCGGUAGUCUGGUUACCUUUGCCAGGCAUUGCCCACAAUUAUCGCAUCUUCACCUUGGUAUCCCGUCGGAUACGGCAGAGUUGCCAGUACUCGACGAUGAAACACUUGCUAUUUUGUCCACGCGCCCCACGCGUUCCACCUGCAUGCGGUUAUCGGUGGAUGCGGAUCCAUCUCCCGCCAAUCCAAAAGAAGUGGCGACAUUUCUCGCGGAGGUGUUUCCUGGCAGAGAAAUUAAGAUCGUGCUUGCCGAGUCCUUCUGCCGGCAGGAACUAUGUGGAUCUUUCAAUGGGUGGUAUGAAGUUGUGGAAUGGCUCAGGAGGUCACAGCUAAGCAGCCUCGAAUUCGGCCCUUGCUAUCGUACACAAAUUUGUACUGUAUGUACUCGAUGAGUGAUGUUCCUCACCAAGGCGGAACUGAGGAAUUUGGACCUCCACCUUUCGUAGCAAUGUAAUUUUGUUCACAUUCGAGUAGCUAAGUAGGUCUAUCGGAUCCAGGGUGGUUGAGCACAUCAAGCCAAGUCGAGUCUUCUGAUCAG